AUCCGAAGCCCCCCUGCAAGAAACACGCUCCUGCUCCUCAUCAUCAACAUCAUCAUCACCACCACAACAACAACAACAAUCAUCAUCAUCAUCAUCAUCGUCGUCGUAGUUCUUCGCGCUCCCUGCUUCACUUAAUUCUUCCGUUUGGUCUUUGGCGCGGCGAAACCACCGUUCUUUCAAACGAAUUAUUUUCCGAUCCGAGGUGGAAACUGUGACAAAACAAUAGAAGAAGAACGUUCUUCGGGUUUCUUUUUUUCGAAAAAAAAAACCUAAUAUUUCGUGCAAUUAUUGCCUUUUUUUUUAAGCGGGAUUUAAAAAAAUGAUUGCGCGUUUCUUUUAUCGAUGAUUGCGUUUUGUGUGUAGUGCAGCGUGAAUAUUAGGACUAUUUUGUAACUUUUUGCAUGUGGGUUUUGUGAGUUUCUACGAAUAUGGGGCCAAGUGGUGUUUUAAGAUGGCAGAACGUCUUCUUCCUUAUAGCAUCUAUAGCACUGCAAACCGUUUUAUGUGAAAAUAUAACCCAAAAAACCUCGAUAGAGUACAGUGUGAGUAGCAGCAGCAGGGAAGGCCUCCACAACUCCAAUUUGACCGAAGUUUUGAGUAGCGAGUUGGAAACUUCGAAUCAUACCAGAGAGGCGCUGAGUCACGACGCGAGCGAACCAGAAUCGGUGGUUUUUAUCGGAGAAAACCCGAACUACGUACCCCUGCCGUCCCUUAGGACCCGAACUGCCGCCCCUAUAGAAGACGACAGCGAUUGGCAAAACCCUUUGGAUACGUGGGAUCGGGAGUAUAGGAGGAUCAGGUUUAAUAAUACGAAAGUGCAACAUAUCGAGGCAGAAUGCCAGGACGACUACAUGAAAAUCCGUGUGGUCUUUAAUGGAACGUUUACCGGGUUGGUCUAUUCAGCAGGUUACGCCUACGAUCCGGACUGCAUGUACAUCAACGGUUCCGGCCGCGACAACUACGAAUUCUUCAUCCAACUGAACAGAUGCGGAACUCUCGGCAAGAAUACGCAUAACGAGGAUAAUAGAAAAUCGCCAACUAAAAAUUUCAUGUGGAAUACGGUGACCGUCCAGUACAACCCGUUGAUCGAGGAGGAGUUCGAUGAGCAUUUCAAGGUCACUUGCGAGUAUGGAUACGAUUUUUGGAAGACUGUCACUUUUCCCUUCUUGGAUGUUGAGGUGGCAACCGGAAAUCCAGUAGUUUUCACCCUAACCCCACCGGAAUGCUACAUGGAAAUCCGUUACGGAUAUGGUACAGGCGGCAACAGGGUAACUGGACCGGUAAGGGUCGGUGAUCCCCUGACCCUUAUUAUUUACAUGAGAAGCAAAUACGAUGGUUUCGAUAUUGUCGUAAACGAUUGCUAUGCACAUAACGGAGCCACGAAGAAAAUUCAACUCAUCGACGAAUAUGGGUGUCCCGUGGACGACAAACUCAUAUCGAGAUUCCGCGGAUCCUGGUCGGAAACGGGAGUUUUCGAGACCCAAGUGUUCGCUUACAUGAAAACUUUCCGAUUUACAGGCUCGCCCGCCCUGUAUAUCGAAUGCGACGUCCGGAUGUGUCAUGGCAGAUGCCCGAGUCAGGCUUGCCAUUGGAGAAACAUAAAAAACGUAAGAAAAAGACGCGCCAUCGAGUCGGGCAACAGCAGUACGGCCGCCCCGAUUCCUCUCUCGGAAAACGUGAAUUUAUUCAAAUCCCUUACGGUUCUGCAAGAGGGAGAGACCGACCAAGAAACAAAUGUCACUUAUACAGAUUUUAGGACAAAUGACCCGAAUAACAUCUGCCUUAGAUCGGGAUGGUUCGCGGCCCUAUUGGCUUUCGGAUGCGGCGUGAUGUGUCUCCUAAGCGGAGCCCUGUUGGCCACUUGUACGAAAAUGCGGAAAAUCAGCAUCGAUAAGGUCUUAUCCGCCACCCAGUUUAACGGUUACAUGAACCACCGCUCCAGUUUUAAAUGAUCGCCCGAGAACUUUGAAAUAUUUUUGCUGUGAACGAAGUACAUGAGAGUUUUUGUAUACCUGACUGAUCUGUUAGUAGUUUAAGGGCUUUUUCAUGUUUUUUUUGCAUUAUACUUUAUAUAGUUUUUAGAUACGAGCACAGGUCUUACAUACAUGGAGAACAUAAGCUUUAUUAUUAAUUAAAAAACCUUCUCCUGUAUGUUUGACAUAUAUUGGUCCUAAAUUUUUUUAUUAAAAAAGAGCUUAUAUACAGGAUGUCACGAUUACCAAGAUGAAACAUGGGACGCUCUGUAUAUGUAUGCACGAAAUUUAUGACCAAUGUGAGGGAUUUUUUUCGUAAAAAUUGCUCUAAUUUGUACAUAAAUAGUUUUCACGUUUGAUAGACAAUUAGUUGUUUGCUUAGCUAUAGGAGUUUUUGCAACAAUGGUACUGUAGUUUAAUUUAAUUAAUAAAAGAUAUUUGUAAAAGAAAA